GUGGUGAAACAGGAAGCAACAUCCCAUCAGGAAGAACCUGAGGGUGCCAUCCAGUAGCUUCGCUUCACGUCACUGACUGCCCUCAGUCAGAAAUCUUGACUUGCAACUUUAGAGGGUGGGUCUCUGAAGGAAUUUCAGGGCUUACGCAGAGAUGAGGGGUGUUGCUCUCUGAUGAGAACGGAGCUGGCUGGAACUCUGGAAGCCACUCUCUGACUGCACUUCACAAGCAAGGGGCACCUUUUGUGGGCUGACAUUUCAGAAAGGGAUGUUGUAAAACAAAAGGUGACAUUUAUAUAUAUACAUUAUUGGAGUUCCUCAGUAGAAAGCUAUCAUAUACACUCAGAAUGUUUCAGAUGUUUAAAGAAUGGUUCUGGUUGGAAAGAUUCUGGCUUCCUCCAAUGACAAAGUGGUCAGAUCUGGAGGAUCAUGAUGGACUCGUCUUUGUAAAACCUUCUCAUUUAUACAUGACAAUUCCAUAUGCUUUUCUCUUACUGAUUAUCAGACGUGUAUUUGAAAAUUUUGUUGCUUCACCCCUAGCAAAAUCAUUUGGCAUUCAAGAGACAGUUCGAAAGCUUACACCAAAUACUGUCUUGGAGAAUUUUUUCAAACAUUCCACAAGGCAGCCAUUGCAAACUGAUAUUUAUGGACUGGCAAAGAAGUGUAACUUGACAGAGCGUCAGGUGGAAAGAUGGUUUAGGAGUCGGCGGAAUCAAGAGAAGCCUUCCCGCCUGAAGAAAUUCCAGGAAGCUUGCUGGAGAUUUGCAUUUUACUUAAUCAUUACUAUUGCUGGAAUUGCAUUUCUUUAUGAUAAACCUUGGUUAUAUGACGUAGGGGAGGUUUGGAAUGGCUAUCCUAAACAGCCCCUGCUGCCAUCCCAGUACUGGUACUACAUUCUAGAAAUGAGUUUUUAUUGGUCUCUGUUAUUUAGACUUGGCUUUGAUGUCAAAAGGAAGGAUUUUCUAGCUCAUAUCAUCCACCACCUGGCUGCGAUUAGUCUGAUGAGCUUCUCUUGGUGUGCUAAUUAUAUUCGCAGUGGGACCCUUGUGAUGAUUGUACAUGAUGUGGCUGACAUUUGGCUGGAGUCUGCUAAGAUGUUUUCUUAUGCUGGAUGGACACAGACCUGUAACACCCUGUUUUUCAUCUUCUCUGCCAUAUUUUUCAUCAGCCGCUUCAUUGUUUUUCCCUUCUGGAUUUUAUAUUGCACGCUGAUUAUACCUAUGUAUUACCUCGAGCCUUUCUUUUCAUACAUCUUCCUCAACCUACAGCUCAUCGUCUUGCAAGUCCUUCACCUUUACUGGGGUUAUUAUAUCUUGAAGAUGCUCAACAGAUGUAUAUUCAUGAAGAACAUCCAGGAUGUAAGGAGCGAUGAUGAAGACGAAGAGGAAGAGGAGGAGGAAGAGGAAGAGGUUACCAAAAGCAAAGAAAUGGACUGUUUAAAGAAUGGCCUCGGGGCUGAGAGGCACCUCAUUCCCAAUGGUCAGCAUGGCCGUUAGCUGGAAGCCCACGGGACUCCCCAGGCACUGCGUGCUGCAAUGACUGUUGGCAGCCUGGCUUCCAGGCUCCACACAGACCCCAGCUUCUGCCCUUCCCUCUUACCACUGCCUUCCCUCCCACGUAAGAUUUGUUCAACAAGGUGUUGUUAACUUGUGUUAAAGUGUUAAAUAUAAGCGUGCCCAUGGAUUUUUACUGCGGUUAGGACUCAGACUGGUCGAAGCUUUCAAAGAUUUCUCC